CGCAGGCCCGCUGCACUGUGGGUAGGCGGCGGCGGCGGCGGCGGCGGCGGCGGCGGCGGCGUCCGCGCCGAGGGGCCGGCGGCGGAGCGGGGCCGCGCGCGCGGCGAACAUGGCUGAGAAGCAGAAGCACGACGGGCGGGUGAAGAUUGGACACUACGUGCUGGGGGACACGCUGGGCGUCGGCACCUUCGGCAAAGUGAAGAUUGGAGAACAUCAACUGACAGGCCAUAAAGUUGCCGUUAAAAUCUUAAAUAGACAGAAGAUUCGCAGCUUAGAUGUGGUUGGAAAAAUUAAAAGAGAAAUUCAAAAUCUAAAGCUCUUUCGCCAUCCUCAUAUCAUCAAACUAUACCAGGUGAUCAGCACGCCAACAGAUUUUUUUAUGGUAAUGGAAUAUGUGUCUGGAGGCGAAUUAUUCGACUACAUCUGCAAACAUGGACGGGUUGAAGAGAUAGAAGCCAGGCGGCUCUUCCAGCAGAUCCUGUCUGCCGUGGAUUACUGCCACAGGCACAUGGUGGUUCACCGAGACCUGAAGCCAGAGAACGUGCUGUUGGACGCACACAUGAAUGCAAAGAUAGCUGAUUUUGGACUGUCUAAUAUGAUGUCAGAUGGUGAAUUUCUACGAACGAGUUGUGGAUCUCCAAAUUAUGCAGCACCCGAAGUCAUCUCAGGCAGAUUGUAUGCCGGCCCUGAAGUUGACAUCUGGAGCUGUGGUGUGAUCUUGUACGCUCUGCUCUGUGGCACCCUCCCAUUUGAUGAUGAGCAUGUACCAACAUUAUUUAAGAAGAUCCGAGGGGGGGUUUUCUACAUCCCAGAAUAUCUCAAUCGUUCCGUGGCCACGCUCCUGAUGCAUAUGCUGCAGGUUGACCCUCUGAAACGAUCAACGAUCAAAGACAUACGAGAACAUGAAUGGUUUAAACAGGAUUUGCCCAGUUAUUUAUUUCCCGAAGACCCCUCCUAUGAUGCUAACGUCAUUGACGAUGAGGCUGUGAGAGAAGUGUGUGAAAAAUUUGAGUGUACAGAAUCAGAAGUGAUGAACAGUUUGUACAGUGGCGACCCUCAGGACCAGCUUGCGGUGGCUUAUCACCUCAUCAUCGACAACCGGAGGAUAAUGAACCAAGCCAGUGAGUUCUACCUCGCCUCCAGUCCCCCGACUGGCUCCUUCAUGGAUGACAGUGCCAUGCACAUUCCCCCGGGCCUGAAGCCUCACCCGGAAAGGAUGCCGCCUCUGAUAGCGGACAGCCCUAAAGCUAAGUGUCCACUGGAUGCGCUGAAUACCACCAAGCCCAAACCAUUAGCGGUGAAGAAAGCCAAGUGGCAUCUUGGGAUCCGAAGUCAGAGCAAACCAUAUGAUAUUAUGGCUGAAGUUUACCGUGCUAUGAAGCAGCUGGAUUUUGAAUGGAAGGUAGUGAAUGCAUACCAUCUUCGCGUAAGAAGAAAAAAUCCAGUGACUGGCAACUAUGUGAAAAUGAGCUUACAACUUUACCUAGUUGACAACAGGAGCUACCUUUUGGACUUUAAAAGUAUUGAUGACGAGGUAGUGGAGCAGAGGUCCGGUUCCUCAACCCCUCAGCGUUCUUGCUCUGCUGCUGGCUUACACAGACCAAGGUCCAGUUUCGAUUCUGCAGCUACAGAGAGCCAUUUGCUCUCGAGCUCUCUCACCGGCUCUCUGACUGGAAGCACCUCGUCAUCAGCUUCAUCUCGCCUGGGCAGUCACACCAUGGAUUUUUUUGAAAUGUGUGCCAGUCUGAUCACUACUUUAGCCCGUUGAUGGUCUGUCCCUGGUUUCUGUCUUCCUCUUGCUGCCCUGUGAAAAUGAGAUAUAUUCUUUGAAUUAUUAUCUUACAUCUGGAUGACGUGUCUGCAGUACUAACUGAGAGACGUGAAUAUUUCCAGGGGACACACAAUGAUGGUGAAAUUACUGAGAACAAGAAAAAUCUGGACAUUUGCUUGUAGAAAUCUGUGAUUCUGUUGUGCCUAUGAUAAAUGCACACAGGCAGUAUUUUUAAUAGGUGAACAUCGGUGAAGAUGGUUAGUUACAAUUGUGAGUUCAAAUGAUUAACACACCUCACUGACAAACCAUCUCAAAGGAAGGGUGGUUUGGCAACACCACCUUUCUUUACUGUUUCGGUAAAUCCAGUUUAUUCCCUAAAUUUUUGUAGGCCUUAAGGUUUGUUUAUGUCCCCAGUUUUCUUGAGCGGAAAGAUUAAAAGUUAAAACAACCAUGAAUAAGAUAUUAUGUAAAUGUUGAAAUCCCAAAAUUCAGAAGCCAAGUUCUUCUAACAGUUCUUUACAAAUACUACCUAGGGUUCAACGGAAGGGCUCUGGUCCUACAACAGUAACCACAGUUUCCAGGUUCCUUAAAAGAAAAUGCUCAUUCUGGAUUUUAUCUUGAGAUUUCCUUGAAUAAUAUAUUUAUCUUAAGAGCCUUCAAGGUUUGACUUAACUUUAGAAUAUCUGGAAUUGCAGUAGUUUUUAUAGACUCUUGCCACUUUAAAAUUUACCUUGAAAGCCUACCUUUCUCAAAUUCUUUUUGAUUCUGUUUGUUUUUGCACUGCACCAAGAGUAAAAUAGACAGUUAAGUGAAGCAAAGCAAGAUGUCCACGGUCCCUUAACAGAGCUCCUCUCUCAUCCUUGACCUUUAUUUCCUCUAUUAGGAGGUCAGAUCCUGCUGUGUCUCAUGGUGGCAGCUCUUCAUUCCCCGCUGCCCCUUCCUGACCUUCUCUAGACUCCGUAAGGUUUAUUACUCCAUCCUCAGUGGCCGAUGGACUUCGGUUUCUGGUUCCCUUUCUUGGUUGCUAGCCAUUCAGUUUGAAAAUACUGUUCUGGCCCUAAGGGCUUUUGUGUUCUUCCAAAGCUUGAUAGGCUAUGACCUUCACUGUUGAACCUGGUAGGGCAGGGAAGCCUUAAAUAUUUAAAAGGGUUCUCUCCUGAAUAAAUAUAUGUAUCGUUUACGUAUAUAUAUAUAUAUAUAUAUAUAUACACACACACACACAUAUAUACGUAUAUAUAUAUAUACGUUCACAUACCAAUGCUUUUAAUUGAAAACCAAACAGAUUUUUUGUUUUGCUUUGUGAAGGUUUUUUUUUAAGAUUAAAAAACCCCACAAACUGUAGAUAGCAGGGUAGAUAGUCACUCAUCGAUGAUACUGUUUUAGUAAAAGUAUUUAAUUUUUAAAUCAUGUGCAAUUUAUCUAAUUGGUAUUUAUUCAUUUGUUAUGUUUAUGCUGUAAUUAAUAAUCUCAUUCAUCUGACUUACCCUAGGAAAUAUUAAGCUCUUGAAAGCAAAAAGUGACAUUACCUUGACAGGUUUCUUUUGCCAAAAAUAAUGUAGUUUCUAACAAGAAGCAAAUUAGAAUGUUAGGCCGGGUUUCUUUAUGUUUGUGACAGACAAGCGUGUCUAUCCGUAAAUAGUUUUUGAGUCAGGAGCAUACAUUGUGUCACAUCAUAUUGUUUUGUAGACCUUUUUAAAAAAUGGUGUUAAGUAACUUAAAGGUAUUCUUAAUAUCAAAACGAAAGGAAUCCUUGUUCACCAAUUUUGGAAAAGGGUGGGCUUGCAGUUUGAGAUGGUUUGAGGUUUAAUCUUUGAAAGACUGCCAUCUGCUGGCACCAAAGGGUAAUACUUCUCCUGAUCUUUGGACAGGGAUGAGCAGUCCUGCAGUGUCCCUCUGAUAACACGGAGUUUUGGCUUCUCCAAAUGUGUACAUACCUCUUUUGGGAAAAACAGGGACACCUAUUAAUAUUUGCCUGAUUGUGAAUGGGAUGAUUUUAUAAAUAAGAAACUAAUCAGAUCCCUUAUCCCUAGUGACAAAAUCUGUAACAAUUUUGUAAACAAAUCUGUAUCGCGGAAGUGGCAGAGAAAUAGCGGAAACUAAUCUAGUGGCAUUUUAACUUCAUUGGUCUAAUCAAUCAGAUAUUAGACACCUGUUCACAUCAGUGGUACAUGGAUAAUGAUUGUGUUUUUUUUAUUGUUAUUAAAUCGUAGCUGUGUACAUGAAUGGGAUCGUGGGGCACCAGGCACUGGUUUUAUAUACAAUUUGAAAUAUUUUCAUCACACUGGUUAACAUAGUCUCUGGCAUUUUCGUAGUUACUGUGUUAAGACAUUUAUAUUCUGCAUUUAGUAAGUUUCACAUGUACGUAAGAUGCACCGCAGGUGUGGUCAUGAUCAUGGUUUUUGAGUUGAUUUAUUUACUGUUUUCUCAUUCUUGCCAGUGUUUGUAAACAUCCACAUUUGACAGCUGCCUGUUGGAUUUUAGGAGAACCAACAAUCACAGUACACACAGGUAUUCUGUGAAUUUUAGAGAGUAGGUAGUACAUUGGUUUGUAGAAAAAAAGAUACCAGGAGACUCAGUCUGGCAUCAUGCAGGGCUCAGGAACCUUCUGAUUUCAAGAUUGUUCUUUUUUAAGCACCAAGGGACACAAGAAAAGUUUCACUGGUUCUCUGUUCCACCCUUUAUAAUAAAAGUUGGUUGUAGGUUCCCCACAUAGGAUUGGGUACAGAACGGGAAGGAACCAGUUGCUAGUGCAGAGUUCCCACAUUUCAGUCUGAACUGUAGUUGUGGUAGGUAGAUCUGGCCAAGAACAGCUUCUUUCAGUUAAUAUUUUGGAGGAGAUUGUCUGUUGUUAGGUUAUAGACAAGGCCUCAGCUAUAUCAUGGAAGUGGACUCCAUAUGGUUCUAGCAUAGCAUUUCCCCAAGUAGAUCCUUUGAUACACUCUACAGAACAAGAAAGAAUCCGUGGAGUAAAUUUGAAUAAUAUUAUAUGUUAUUCUCCCCUUCAUGAGUUAAUGGUGGAUAUGAGCAUUAAAGACUGACACAUCCUUCCUUGAAAAAAGAAAAUCAUUUCAACUUUAACCCUGCUUUGCCCAAAUUACUUUGCCAUUUUUAAACAUCUGAUGACAAGAAGCAAAUUUGAAAAUACUUCUGUAUGAAAAUUAUGUCCCAGGUUACCAUAAUUAGGGUGGUUAAGAAUAAAGUUAGAGUAACACUUCCUUUUUCCCUUAUUUGUUGGGAGAGAAUCUGGCCCCAAAUCCGAAUCAUUUCAUUUUAAAACCAUUUCAUUUUAACUUCCAGACAUGGUUACCUUGAGUGAAUGCUGGGUUAAACAGAAUUUUUUAUGUCUGCAAUUUGUUUUAUAGCACCUUGCUUUUCUUAAUCAGGUUACAAUAUUGUUUGGGUGCAACCUUUAUUCUUUUUGGUAUUGAGUGACUGAACAACCUUAAAUAAUAUGAUUACUUGAAAAAAAAAAAAGAUUAAGAGACUCAUGACUCAUACUUACGGCUCUGUGGGUGGUCAGUCUGUGUACAGAUUCUUACUUUCAAAAUGUGUAGCAAGUAAGCAUUUACUUUUUUAUAGGAUACUGUAUUUAGAUCUAAUCCCUGUUUGUGGGAACAGACACCUUCUUAAAUUGAUAUGCAGGGAAGGAAGCAGGCAAACUGUUCACAAGUUGGGUUUUUGAUUUCAUCAACAAACCUUUUAUGAGACAAUUUUGUAAUUUCAAGUGUUUAUAUUCCUUGAUAUUAGCCAUCUAUGAAGAGCAUCCCAGGAGCCUAAGUUAAUCAGAGAUAACAGGUAUUUCUUUGUCAGGGAAUGCCUAUAUGUAGCAGACAGUUCUCCACUUUCUGCAAAUAGGGUUUCCAGAACACUUAUAUAAUUCUGUGCUAGCUUUUUCUUAUUCCCUAGCCAGUUUGUACUCAGGGAAUACAGAUUGAUUUUUAGAAUAAAAUGAGAGGUAAUUUAGUAAAUAAUCAGUAACCAUUAACAUUACAGAUUUUUUUUGACUGUUUGGAUUUAUCCAUAGCAUCUAUUAAUGUGAAGUAUACUGAGUUAACACCUUCCAUAUAUACAGUGUAAAAGCGUGGAACAGAACCUCCCGCAGACACCACGUAGUUAGUUGUCUAUACACUGGUUAAUGAUUUCCUGUUAAUUGUUGUAAAAUCUCAAUAUCUAAAUGCUAGACAUAUUCACAGUUUUGUCUGCUUUUGUUUGUUUUUAAAGACCCAAACCUUUUCAGUCUGGCAUUUCUUUACUUGGUCCUCCUGUUUCCCUGUGGGUUUUUAUUUUUUAUUUUUAUUUUUUACCCUGUGGGUUUUUAAAUAGGGAAUGUAAUUUAUUUUAAUUUCAGAUGAGGUAUAUGUGCAAUCUGUUGAUAAGUGACAUCCUAUAUUAGGCCUCGUUUUUGUAACCCAUAAAAUGGGAGAGAGAGACUAAAAGCCCUCUGUGGUACCUUCGAGCUUUAAAGUUCUGCCUUUUCACAUGAUUUGUGUUAGUGUACACUUUUUAUAUAUUUAGAGUUUUUAUACUAGUAUGAAUGUUCUUUUUUGGUUUCGUGAGGCAUUUCAAAGGCAUAUACUUGAAUAUUUUUCUAAAUCCAAUUACCAGAGGAAUACAAAUGGCAGAAAUCAUCCAGAAAACCAAACGCGGUAAAACGUUAUAUCCAUUUGGCAUAAAGCAGAACGCUACUAAUUGGAAGUAAUGGAAAUGUUCUAGACGUCUUCAGAGUGACUUUUAGAUCCAGAGACCCUCCCUAUCUGUCAGCUUACACUAGCCUCGUGGGGUAACCAGGAAAAGUAUUUUUACCGUGUUCCAGAUGAGGAAAGCUCUUCGUAAGCUUUCACGCCAUCUCAAUAUUCAGCUCUUUAGCGUACACCACCUUUCCUCUGGGGAGGAACAGUCUGAGUUAAUGAAAUGUGAGUAGCGAGUAAUAAAAAUAAACCGAUAUAUUGCUUUCAAGUCUUAGAGUGACAUAAAGUAGUCUUAACUAAAUAUUUCUUAGCUUAAUUAUUUGAACAGUUGAUUGUACUAACUGGAUGUAAUUGUCUGAAUUAUUUAUGAUUAGCGUAUUCAUUUUCAUAAGUAUUUCAAGUUAAUGAGGGUGCUUAAAAAAUACUGAAGAAACUUUAGGGCAUGAUUCUAAUAAUGGGAUUAUUGAAGCACAAUCUUUUUUUAAAAAAGGAAAACUAGACCCCAUCCCUAUCAAAAUUAUUAUAGUUUUUGACAAUUAUCUGAAUUAAGCCUAUAUAAGAUUCCUAUACAGAUGGAUAAUUUUUCAUUUUGUAUGUAUAUUAGAGGAUAUGACACUAUUUUCAUAGAGUAUAUUUCUAUUCACAGACUACCUAAUAAUUACUGGCUCGUGAUCCCCCCCAAACCAUUCAAAACUUUGAAAUGUGACUUAGGUUUGGUGAGCUUUAAGAAUUGCACAGACCUUACUUAGAAGAGUUUCUGGCGUCUGUAUUUACUUUUCCCACAUCUAAUUAUGAUGCUUUUGACGCCACUGAACAAACAGUAGCCUAGAGAACAGUGCCCACAGUCUAGACUGGAUUGGAUUUUAAUUAAAUUUCUUCAGCCAUAGCUUGACAAGCGUCGGGCUGGGUCUAGAAGCAUCAUCAGAGUGUGGGCCUGUAUUAAUGGCUGUGCUAACGUCUGUCCUCAUAUGGCAAUGCCAGUUUUGCAGCCUUGACUGUGCAUGUGACUUUUGGUAACUAUAGUUUUUAUCUAAAGCAAUUUGGACUUUGAGGAGGUAGCUCAUGAUUAUGUGGACAAGCAGGGUAGGUAAAUUUCAAUUAAAUUUGAAGUGUAAUUAAGGAGAUCUUAGAGUGGAACGUUCUUUCCAGGAAAAAGAAUUAUUUAUAAAAUACCGUAUUUAUAAACUAUGACGGCCUUAUUUGUUUCUGCCUAUUUUUAAGUUCCUUUGGCCAGCCUCCCAGUACCAUUGUCCGAAGUUCUUUGCUGGAUGCAUCUUUCUAUUUCAACCUGUUUCAGUUGUUAAGUCACCUUGGUAAACGUUCAGCUGCCUUAUAUGCUUUUAAAAUGAAUGCUGUGAGUAGCAAUCCUUACAUUUAACCCUUUAAAAACUCUGUAAAGGAAAGCUGAAAUGAGAGGGAAGAACAGAAUUUAACCUAGAACCUGAACAGCAGCAGCAAGUCGUAUGACCUCAUUUAAUUUUCUCAUGUACACAAUGUAGAUAAUAUCCUACCUCACAGAUGUGUGUGAGAAACUGUUGGAAGGCCCUGGCUGAAAAACAGGGUUUAUAUCCCCAUGUUUCACGUAAACUCCUUCAUUUUUUUAAUUGGUGAUGAUCUUUGAUAAUACUGAUAGGAACGAGUAUCUUGAUUUUUACGUAAGGUUUAUGUGCUAAGAACCCAGUAGUUAAAAUGUUUAAGACCUCAGUUUCGUAAGUUAUGGUGUUCUUGUUUUAAGCAACAUUUUAAAUUUCUUGAAAAUAAUAAAUAUUCAAAUAUCAAGCUAUAUUCAGAACCUCUUAAAAUGUUGGCUGAAGCUGCCUUAAUGUACCAAAAUGCUUCUUUCUCUCUAGACUAUUCACAGAUGUCUAUGAUUGUACAACAGUGUUUUGAAUGUUUAAUGUAAAGUUGUGUUAGAACUGUGAGCUCUUAGAAUCUUGGUACUGUUUGAGGAAAAAUGGUUGUGUUCUUUAUCAUGUAUGCUUAACUAAUAUAUUGUGGACUUCCUGUGCAACAAGUAAAACUGAACGCUGACAGCUGUUGGGAUAUGUUCACGACGGUCGUAAGAUAUAAUGUAGGAUCCAUCAGAUUGGAAUUACUCAGUUUUUUCAAGACUGUCCCAUUUUCAUUCUUAGCCCAUCUUUGAAAAAGAAAAAAAACUCUUAAGAUUGAUACGUUAGCCCAUUGGAGCAUUUUAUUAGAUGUCUAUUUAAAAAUUUUUAAACUUGAAAUUGGGACCAUUUUUUAUAAUUGGUUUCAGUUAAAAAAAACAAAAACAAAAAAGGACUUCCAGGACUUAACCGCAGAUUUAAAUUUCAGUUUUGUUUGUUAUGUAUUUUUUAUGAGCGCUCCAUGAGCAGUAGGAAGGGUCCGUCUCAGCAGCCGUGUGGAGCUGAUGUCUUCUUGGGUCACGCGGCAUUUCUGAUUACAGGUUCUCCCUGAUCAUCCCGAUCCAUGUGUGCACUGUAUGAAACUCAAAGGCAACACACACAGGCGAGAAGAGCAGUCUGAUUGCUUGUAAGCAUUUUCCACAGAAUCACAUUAAAGUCUCUGGUUAAUUUGAAAACCA